AUGGAAGAGCAACAGGAGGAAAAGUCUUUCCGUCGGAUCGAGGCGUCGACGGAAACCUCAAGCACUAGCAGCGUUAGCACCAGCAGUCAAACCGUUCAGAAAACAGUCAAUGUUUCAUUCGGAGAGCAUGUGAAUAUUAAGGAAGGCAGCAUCCAAAGGCAGCAAACAAUGGCUGAGCACCGUCAGCAACAAAGGGUUGUGCUAACUGACAAUGUGUCCUCCGCGAGCCGCGAAGGCACUCCGACCAGGGUUCCGUUUGAACGAUCCGUGAGCGCUGUGGCCGCCGUCAAACGAACUGAUUCGAGUCGCAGCUCUUCAGGACUCAGUGUCAGUCAGAGAGAAAUACUUGUCAACCGUUCGAGAUCUUGGAAUGCUAUCGAGGCGAAUCUUUUCACAUCAUCGGGCGGGGGCGUGGGCUCUCUGGACCACACGAUCCUCGCCGAGGCGAAUGGACUCAUCGCCGACAUGCUCAUGGAUCAUGGGAUUCCGCCGAAUAUUGCGUCCGGACUCAAGGCCCUCCAAAUCCUCUUGUGUCCCUCCCAACAAAACAAGCCCGCCAAGGUCGCUGUCGGUCAAAAAGUCGAACUGGCCCCGCUCAGUGAGCCUAGCGACAUCGACGACUGCGAGGAAAACCCAUUCACCGGCGAGAAGCCCUCAGACAUGUCAAAGACACGCCGACAGCUGCCUCGGUCGCUUUUGCGACGGAUGUCGACUUCGACUUGGUCAACUACGACUUCGGCGACAGGCAUGCCGACACUCGAACCUGAGCCCUCUCGAAAACGGAGUACCGGUGCUCGUCGGCCAGAUGAUCCUCUGUCAACAACCCCGGUGCCGGACGACUUGAUCAGAACGAAUGAGCGACUCCUGUCUGAGAGCUCCGACGUCGGCGCGGCGCACAUCGACUUCAUCUGCAAGUAUUGCGGACGGCGGAAUAGUAACACAAGGAAAACAAGCGACCCAGUAGUCGCCAAGGAGAACGACACGCGCAACUUCGACGCAAAGACGCUGUCUCCCGGAACCUACGAAGUGAACGGGAUUAAACUCGACACGACAGAAAUAGUAAAAGACGCGCAUCUCGGAACGCUCUGCGAUUGGGACUUCGACAUCUUCCAGCUGACGGAUCAAUCCCCGAACACGCUGCUCAGCACGAUGUUUUACCGGAUUCUAUUCGACACGGGUCUCGUUGACGCGUAUCACAUACCAGAGAAGGAACUUCUUUGCUACCUGCACGCAUUGGAGUGCGGCUACCGCGACAACCCGUAUCACAAUAAGAUGCACGCAGCCGACGUACUGCACGGGGUGUACUAUCUGACUACACAGCAGGUUGCCGGCCUAGAGCAAACCACUAUCUCUGACCUCAGCGUUGCGCUUGAUCAUCAAAGCGAGCAGGAAGGUACGAAUUCAUCCCGGGAGCGCAAUCAGUCGCGACCCAUUAGCUGAGAGACUCGCAACGCUCACGAACGGUCUCCAUGCGAUGAAAACGCCCUGCCUUAUGGAAUCAUCGCGUCGAAUCUUCCGCCCCUCGAGUUAUUGGCUCUGUAUGUUGCCGCCGCAAUGCACGAUUUCGAGCAUCCAGGCAGAACGAAUGCUUUCAUUGUUGCGACCCACGCUCCCUUGGCCAUUCUCUACAACGACAGGUCCGUCCUCGAGAAUCAUCACGCAGCGGCUGCGUGGGGCCUGCUCCUCUCCAAACCGGAAUUCAACUUCCUGAAGAAUCUCGAAACCGCUGAAUUCAAGAGACUUCGUUACGUGGCCAUAGAGUGUAUUCUCGCUACAGAUUUGAAACGGCACUUCGAAGUUCUGGCCGAAUUCACCGCGAAGACCAACUUGGAAGAGAGUUCCGGCAUCAAUUGGAACGACGAAGCCGAUCGCUUGCUCGUCCUGGAGAUGGCAAUAAAGCUCUCCGACAUCAAUGGACCGUGCAAGAGGCACGACCUGCACGUUCGUUGGACCGAUCGGAUCUGUGAGGAGUUCUAUGAACAGGGCGAUGAGGAAGCUCACCUCGGACUCCCUAUAUCACCGUUCAUGGAUCGCUCGAAACCGCAGUUGCCGAAACUGCAAGAAUCCUUCAUAAAUCACCUUGUCGCUCCCCUGUGUAACGCUUACGCUGUUGCGGGGCUUCUUCCCGGAAAAUGGGUGGUCACGGCCGAACAGGCGACGAAUGGAAACCACCCGAAUGCCUCGAUGGACCUGAAAGACGGCGUGAAGGCCAGCGCCAAUAAUCGUGUAGAGUGCAUACAGAUUAAGCAUCUGCAGGACAACUACGCGCAUUGGAUCAAAGUCAUUCAGGAGGAGAAAGCCAAAGAAUUAGAGGCCACGGCGGCCACGUCCUGA